GACAUUUGAUCAGUGCAAUGUAUUGAUCAUGAUCAAUAAUCAACGGGCAUGAUCUAAACAACUGUGACACAUACAGUGAAUGUUGUUUUUGUGUUUGUUUAAACCAUAACAUUUAUAGAGGCCAGAACUAAAGACAACUGCUGCUUGCCAGAUAAUCUACGAAUUUAUUUCCGCCUGUCAAACUAUCUGUCAGCGGCAAGGGGCUGUGCUCGUGCGGAGGAAAGGAGCGACUCGAGCCCUCAUUCAGGAAGUCCUGACCAAACUUCAGAAAGUCAAGUUGUCUCUCGGAGUUGGACUAAAUGUUAUUGGAAACGUGGGAUUCAUCAAAAGGAACAAGAACAUCACUGGUUUUUCUCAAUCUGUCCCAACCAUGAAGCAGCUGAGUGGACUAUAGACCCCCUCUUGGCCUAGAGAACAGCAGAACUCCAUCACACACUAAGGUUGCUAUGGUGAAUGCGGGGCGCGUGGAUGAGGAGGAGGAGCUGCAGUGAGGUGGAACACCGCGGUAACCACGGUACCGUCUAGCACCCACCCACCCACCAUGCCCUCGUCCACGCGGAAGGGUGUGCCAAAGGACCCGGAACAGGCCGACCUCUUCUUCAAAGAUGACCCAGAGGAAGUCUUCUGUGACCUCCACGAGAUCGGCCAUGGCAGCUUCGGGGCUGUCUACUUUGCCAGAAACUCCUACUCCAAAGAGGUGGUGGCCAUCAAGAAGAUGUCCUACAAUGGCAAACAGACCACCGAGAAAUGGCAGGACAUCAUCAAGGAGGUCAAGUUUUUGGAGCAGCUGCACCACCCAAACACCAUUGAGUAUAAAGGCUGCUACUUGAAAGAUAACACUGCCUGGCUGGUGAUGGAGUACUGCCUAGGCUCCGCAUCAGAUUUACUAGAGGUUCAUAAGAAACCGCUCCAAGAGGUUGAAAUUGCUGCCAUAACCCAUGGUGCCUUGCAGGGACUGGCUUACCUACAUUCCCGUAAUAUGAUUCACAGAGAUGUAAAAGCUGGAAACAUCCUGCUAACAGAGCCUGGCCUGGUCAAACUGGCAGACUUCGGCUCUGCCUCUAUAGCUUCUCCUGCCAACUCCUUCGUAGGAACACCUUACUGGAUGGCCCCAGAAGUGAUCCUAGCCAUGGAUGAGGGUCAGUACGAAGGGAAGAUAGACAUCUGGUCCCUGGGAAUCACCUGCAUAGAACUGGCGGAACGGAAACCUCCGCUGUUCAACAUGAAUGCUAUGAGUGCCUUAUAUCACAUUGCCCAGAACGACUCUCCCACGCUGCAGUCUAACGAGUGGUCGGACCCCUUCCGGAGCUUCGUUGACUGCUGCCUCCUCAAAAUUCCUCAGGACAGACCCUCGUCUGGGGAGCUGCUGAGACAUGACUUUGUACGUCUGGAGCGCCCUCCGCGGGUCCUCAUGGAUCUGAUCCAGAGGACCAAGGACGCGGUGAGGGAGCUGGACAACCUGCAGUACCGUAAGAUGAAGAAGAUCCUAUAUCAGGAAAAACACAUGGGGGAGAGCCAGGAGGAGGAGGAGGACUGUGAGCAGGCCAGCUGUAAGAUGAACAGCCUGGGCAGUAACCACUCCCUCCCCAGCACCUCAGUCAGUACAGGAAGCCAGAGCAGCAGCAUCAACAGCAUGCAGGAGGUCCCAGACGAGAGCUGCUCCGACAUGACCAUGAUGCACCACGACUACGAUAGCAGCUUAGAGUCCUCCGCACAGUCCAAGAAGGACCACAGGUAUAACUGGGAUAAUGGUCUGAAACCUGACCUCAGGCCGGAGCUGAUGCCAUUAUCCUCUGACAUGAGCCAGGCACACAACUACCGCCACAACAACUUCUCCACCAUCAAAUCAGCAUCACUUGUAACCAAGCAGAUCCAUCAGCACGAGCAGGAGAAUGAGCUGCGGGAGCAGAUGUCAGGUUAUAAACGGAUGAGACGGCAGCACCAGAAGCAGCUGAUCGCUCUAGAGAACAAGCUGAAGGCAGAGAUGGACGAACACAGACUGAAGUUGCAGAAGGAGGUGGAGACUCAGGCCAACAAUGCCUAUAUAGAGCUAGAGAAACUGGCCAAAAGACACACCAUCCACUGUGAAAAAGAGAUGAAGAUAAUGUCAUCAGAUGAGAAGAAGUUCCAGCAGCAGAUCGUGUCGCAGCAGAAGAAGGAGCUCACCACCUUCCUAGAUAAUCAGAAGAAGCAGUACAAGCUCUGCAAGGAGAAGAUGAAAGAGGAGAUGAAUGAAGACCACCACACCACUAAGAAGGAGAAGCAGGAGCGCCUGUCCAAGCACAAGGAGAACCUGCAACACAGCCAGGCUGAGGAGGAGGCCCAGGUUCUGAGCCAACAGAGGGUCUUCUAUGACAGGAACUGCAGAGGCUUCAAACGCAAAGUCAUGAUCAAGAGGCAUGCGUUGGAACAGGAGCAGAUACGAGAGGAGUUGAACAAGAAGAAGACCCAGAAGGAGAUGGAGCAUGCCAUGCUGAUCAGACAGGACGAGUCCACCCAGGAGCUGGAGCAUCGUCAGCUGAAAACCCUUCAGAAGCUGCGCAUGGACCUGAUCCGCCUGCAGCACCAGACAGAACUGGAGAACCAGAUAGAAUACAACAACCGGCGCGAGAGAGAGCUCCGCCGCAAGCACGUUCUGGAGCUACGGCAGCAGCCCAAGAACCUUAAGGCCAUGGAGUUGCAGAUUAAGAAACAGUUCCAGGACACGUGUAAGGUCCAGACACGUCAGUACAAGGCCCUGAGACACCACCAGAUGGAGGUGACGCCCAAGAGCGAGCACAAGGUGGUCCUCAAGGCCCUGAAGGAGGAGCAGACCAGGAAGCUGGCCAUCCUGGCCGAGCAGUAUGAACAGAGCAUCAACGAGAUGAUGGCAUCGCAGGCGCUGCGUCUGGACGAGGCCCAGGAAGCCGAGUGCCAGGCUCUGAGGCAGCAGCUGCAGCAGGAGAUGGAGCUGCUGAAUGCCUACCAGAGUAAGAUCAAGAUGCAGACCGAGGCCCAGCAUGACAGAGAGCAGCAGAAGCUGGAGCACAAGGUGUCGCUUCGCAGAGCCCACCUCGAACAAAAGAUUGAAGAGGAGCUGGCUUCCCUUCAGAAGGAGCGUACAGAGAGGAUCAAGCACCUACUGGAGCGCCAGUCAAGAGAGAUUGACAUGUUCGACAUGGAGAGUCUCCGUCUGGGCUUUGGUAACCUGGGGGCCCUGGACCCCUCCAAGGAUGACUACAGAUGACCAGCCCUGGUAACCUGGACCCCCCCCGAGGAUGACUAGACCAGCCCUGGUAACCUGGGCCCCCAAGGAUGACUACAGAUGACCAGUCCUGGUAACCCUGGACCCCCAAGGAUGACUAGACCAGCGCUGGUAAUCUCCUCGUGGCCUCUGUCUCUCGAUCUUCAUCCUCUGGUCUGACCCUCCUCAUCCCGCUGACCUGGUCUGAUUUGACCAGUUGGGGUCUUUAGUCACUGAUUCUCACCGACACACACACCAGCCCAGUGCUAGUCUAAUGCCAACGGGGCCCCCGAUCUCAUGGUACUCUUUUUUUUUUUUACUAGGCAAGUCAGUAAAUUUGUCACAAGAUGACAAAUGCUGGACAACUUCCUAGGCUUUCUGUCUUUUAAAGAAUAACAAUACAACGUCAGUGUUCCUGUUUCUUGUGCAGUGAUGGCACUUGUAGUGUGACUAAGCAGAAACCAGAGGGAGAAUGACAAUAAGUGAAUAAUGUUGUGUUGCUCAAUGAUCACGCAUUAGAGGUUAAUAAUUGGUUAAAACUGCAAAACUUCAAGCCCAAAAACAAACUGAUCCUUCAACUCUUUUUUUAGAUUUAUAUUCAUCAGGACAUUUUUAUGUAAAAAUGUUAAGCAAUUUCAUAUGUUGAGAACAUGUUUUAAGUCAUAAUGUACAUAUUGGUACGUGAAUCAGUUUGAUUAUAAACUUGACUUGGGAGGGACACUGAGGAGAAACUUGCAAUGCACCCUGGUACUCUGCACUGGCAUGUAAUGUGAAUAUUACGUCUGGAAUUGCACACUAUUCCCUAUGUAGUGCAGUACUUAUAGGGCAAUAGGGGUGUGAUUUGAGACGGCGCCCAUGUGAAUCCCUACUCCCAGGUAGCACAAAGGGCUUUGUCGCAGGGGGAGGGACAUGUAUUUUGUGUAUAGAACAAUUUAUGUAGAGCUUUUACUUAUUUUCGUAUUUUAAUUGUUAUUCAAAUAUUUCUUUUUUUUAAAUGGAUGAUUACUCCUCUUCCUUCAGUAAGUCGACUCGAUCACUCUGUGUUUCUUGAAAUUCAUUUUUUGCUUUAAAAGCUGCAAAGUAUUUUCUUAUCAACCAGAUCAGUAAAUAAAUGCUUUAUCUUUGCAUGCACUUUCAUUUUGUUUUCCAGGAUUAAGAGAAAGCAUGAAUCUGUCAGCUUUUAAUUAUAUUUGUAAAUAAAGUGCUCAUCACACAA